CCUCUCGUCGCAUUGUUUUUCAAUCAUCGAAAUCAUUUAAGAGGUCAUGUUCGAUUGCAAUAUUGUGUUUUUCGAUUGUUAGUGUGGAUGUCGUGCAGUUCACCGAAAUCCCUGCGACAGGCCGUGGUAGGCUCGUCUAAGUUGAGGGCGCUGGGUAAUGUGUGUACCGUGUAGCCUCAUGGCUAUAUAAAUAUGAUAAGGCUCUUCCAUCUCUUCUGUUAAAGGCAAGGGGAACUCUCCGUCUGCGAAGUAUCUCAUAUUAUUCCAUUCACUGUAGAAUGACUAUUUCAUAAAACACAGUUUCCACGGGGGGUAUUUCAACUUUUUAGCUUUCAGCCUUACUUUGACUCGACAAUUACCACCCACUCAUCUAGAGGUACAACCAACUUGUCAAAAAUAUUUACGCCGGACUAGGCCACCAAAAUGUUUCCUCGGCGGCAAAAACAUCCGCGGCCACCUCGAUCUAGGCCUCGAUCUAGGCCUCGAUUUCAUCAGCAAGGUUUAUCCAUAGGGCCUCAUCAUAGCCCUUCAUUGUCACGCCAAACAUCGUCUUCCUCUUCGUCCCAACGCGCCGCCGAUGUCAUAAAGAAACCUAUUCCUCCAGACAAAGUCCAGCAUGCUUCAAAGUUAUAUAGCGAGUUCCGUAUGAAGGAAGGACUGGCGCAACGAUCCCCGGACCCAAAUGCAACAUCCCCCCGUAGUAUUGAAUCAUUUAGUAUUUCUGGCCUACCUGGACCUCUCACCAAUGGAUCUCAAUCAUCCCAGGCCAAAACUGUGCAGUCAUUUGAUGCAACUCCAUCGGAUUGGUCUUCAGUAAUGUCAUUUGAUCCUGAUAGUCAAUAUUCGGGGCAGUCUGGGCAAAACAGGGCAGUCUCUUAUCAAGGCCACUCAGUAGCACAGCGGACUAGGAGGAAGUUUGACCCUGUGUCUAGAGCUAAGACAGCUUUGAUUCGAUAUCUAGGAGCUUGCCAAAGUUGUAAAGAUCGGAGUGUCCCGGUAUGUGGUCGAGCCUACCAUUGUUGAUUGCUUUGCCUAACUUGUUUCUCCUAGUGUCCCUUGGAACAUCAUGAAAUUGAAAGUCUAGUCCAUGCCCACCAAUCAAGUUCUAUCACACAAGAAACCGACUCACAGUACUAUAAUGCGACCUCUCCUACAUACGAACUAGAGAUUUCAAACACCCCCUCUGGACAAGCUACACCGAUCACUUCGCACGGGGGAUAUGUGCUGCAGGGGGUUGGUGGGAACUUUUUUGGCGUCGCACCGGAAAUUCCCUGCGAUCGCGAAUCAAUCCUUUCACUCGUAGAUAUGGAAUCUAGUCACGACCAAAUUCUUUGCGGACCGUCUGCCUCAAUAGAUGUCCAGGCUCGCGCCGCGGCUCAUUAUUCUCUUGUUCAAAACGGCGGCCAAUUUCCUCUUGGUGUCUGGGUUGAUUCGAUAUUCAAAUGCUACUAUCUUGAUGGCGAAUGUCAGCAGUAUUUCAUGGACGAAGAAGCUCUACAAGCACACUUUGAGACUGCUCACUUCGAGUUCAAUCGCAUUAAUCCAUGCCGUCGAUAUAUUUGCACUCAAUGCUGCUCUGUGAAUGCUCCUUUCUGUAAUUGCGGUGGCACAGUCAAACUGUUCAUCUGUGGAAACUACAUCCGGAGUGCACAGCUUCCACCCGAGCCGCCGACUAGACAACGUAAUUUUUAUACUAAGUUUGAUACAUCAUCGAUAUUUUCAGACCCGUCUUAUGCAUAUUCGGAUUCUGAGCAAGGGCUUGGCUUAAAUGUCAACGAGGCUCAGGAUUUCGGCGAUGGCGUUGGCACCGUUCUUUACGGAGAUGGUAGUAGCAUUUACCCGGGUCCUGGUGUUGGUAUACUCGGUGCCUAUACCUAUGAUUCUACGCAACCAGGAGGGAAUAGAUAUAACAGAAAUGUGUGGAUGUCCACCCAAAGACCAAACAAAGAUGCUGUAAUUCCUAUACACCAUCGUGCGGUGAAGUUCGGACAUGCCUCGAAGCAACAAAAGAUCUCGAUUUUUAUACUACUAUCCUUGAUGCUUAUACUUACUGGCACACAACUAGUCCAUUGGAUCAUAUCUACCAUUUCGAAAAUCGAUAAAUUCCUGCCUAGUAUCUCAACUCUGGGAUUCAUAGGUUUUCUAGUAUCUUUCGCUACAACUUGGGCUACGAGACAUAUUCAUUCAAUCCAUAAAGCGAAGAAGUAUAAAGUGGUAAGUUCUGAUGAUGUUCCCUUUGGCUCAAGGAAGAAAGCUCUGACGAUAGUCGUGUCCAUAGCAUCGAUGUCCUCUUCAUGCAUUUACGCCUCUAGCAGAUCAAUACGGACAGAGGGUACCCCCUAUCUUGAUGCAAAGGAGAGAUUAAUGAUUUUAUGAAUCACGUAACCAUGAAUCUCAUGCCGCAACGUAUAACAACCACCAUCUAACGAGUAAUGGACAUUACGAUAAUGAUCGACUCGGCAACCAUAACACAAUCUCGCGAGCCGAAGAGAAAAAGAAUAACAAAAUACAGAGCCCGAAAGAAUAUUCAUUGCCGAAUAUGAAUUGAGGCAUUGAAUGGUGGGUGGUACGCGGCACACUCGAUUUAGAAUCCGGCUUUCUUCUCUCAGUGACGAGACAACCACACAUAUCCCUUUCGCAUUAUGGAUUUCUUUCGUUUUAUGAUAUCGCAUUUAGUAUAGGAUAGAACGGGCGUAGAUCGUCCUUUCCCUUCGUAGUUUUGUGUUGGUUUGGAUGUAUCAGGCUCAAACACAACACACUGACAAAAAUUACCUGAAUUUAUCUUCUCCUUGUUCCUUUUUGCUCACGUUUGGGGGUAUUAUUGCGAUAGCGUACUGGCACAUGGAUAGGGAACAGUGUCAAUUUUGCUUUUUCCUUUUUUCUUUAACAAGGUGUGUGAAAUAAGGACGCGACAUGAAGGAUGAUGAAUGAACCAAUUUGAUUGCAGAGUACUAUGCUAAGUGUACGAGGAGUCACGACAGCGAUGAGAUUAUAGUUAGUAUUAUUGAGGGUAUUCCAGCGCCUGCAAGACGACCAUGAUAUUAUCUAGUGCAGUCACCGUGAUAUUAAUUGGCGUCUCUCUAUGACUCAGUCGUCUACUGUCGUGUUAAAGUUAGCGGGGAUUGGCAUGAGUGACUAUUUUCUCACCCCAAAUUUCUUGCAGCUCCGCCGAAUCAUGCAUUAGUGGUAAUCUUC